AGUUUUUAGCAGUUCAAUAUAUCAAAAUGGCUCUAUCCGUUGAGGAACAAGGUCGCAAAAUGUAUACCUUUGAAAAAAUCGAUGAGAAUAACUUCAGAGCUGACUAUUUGUUUCACGCUCGUCAAAAUCCAAAUGGUUCAGCCUAUGGAGGAUUAUUGUUUUCUCAGGCUUUGGCGGCAGCAGAAAACACAGUUUCAGAUGAGUUCAAACCAAAUUCAAUUCAUGCAUAUUUUGUAUCCGCGGUGAUCUACUCAACGCCUGCAAUAUACAAAGUGAAAAGAAUAAAAGACGGAAAAACAUUUAUCAUACGAACGGUUGAAGCUGUUCAAAAUGAUCGAAUUUGUUUUGUACUUCAAGUUUCAUUUCAUAUUUCAGAAAAAAGUGGGAUGAUACAUCAGGAUAUAAUGCCUAAAGUUCCAAAUCCCGAAAGCUUGAUGAGUAUGAAAGAUGCUGUAAUUUCAACAAAGAAGCUUGUGAACGAUGGUGGACUUGUUCUGAAACCAGCAAUGUUGCAUAGGCUUAUGGUAUUGGAUAACAAAGCAUUUGUUAUUAAUAAUGAUAUGUUUGAAGCAAGAUGUACAAAUCUCGGAAAUUGGUAUGGAUAUUGCAGUGAUUUGAAGCAUCAGGCAAGAGUUUGGAUGAGAACGAGAGAGCGGUUGAAUACUGGCGAUAAAAGGCUUCACAGGUGGCUCCUCGCUUGCAUGAGUGACGCUAUUCUCCUUCCUGCAGGCAUGUCAGCGCAUUUUUCACAAGGAUUCGAAGACAGUGUUCAUGCUUCAUUAGAUCACUGUCUAUAUUUUCAUAAUCACGAUUUUCGAGUUGAUGAUUGGUUUUUACUCGAUUGCAAAUCAUCAGUAUCCGCAGAAGGAAUAUGUUUUAUUCAAGGAAAAAUAUGGAGAAGAGAUGGAGUUUUGAUUGCAAGUUGUCAUCAAGAGGCAAUUGUCCGAGGGAAAAAUGGACAAACUUCGAAACUAUGAAACUGUUUGAAAUUAUCCAUAUUCUUAUUUUGGACGUUUGGAAGUUUCGAAUGAAAAACUGUUGAUGUUUGCUCAAUGGAAGCUUUUUUUUUAAUUAUUUCUGUUGAUUACCAAUUUCAAAAUUACCAAUUUUCAGAGCAACCGUUACUGUCGCGAAUACGGAGAAGGAGAGUGUUCUCCUAUUACGACUGUAUAAUUAUUGUAUAAUUGU